AUGAAUAACCUUACCAAUUCAGAAUUAACACUAGAUGAAAGUCUCAAAUUUAUAUUGGAAACUAUAGAUCAUGGAAAGAUAAUAUACACUUCAAAAACAAUAACAAAAUUAAAUAAAUGUUUAAAAACAAUUCAAAAUAAUCCCAAAUUAAAAGUAUAUUCAGAAUAUAACAAAUUAAAAUCAAGAUGUUCAUUAAUGACAGUAUUUAAUUAUUUAAAUUUUAUAAUUAGUGAUAAUAUCAUGACUUGUCAUAUGGAUUCAUUACCUUUAUCAAUAGAUAAAAAAUUUGAUUUUUUUAAAUUACCACCUGUAUCAAAACCCGAAGAAUUUUUGGAAAGUUCAGAUGAUUAUGAAAAACAUGAGCAAUUAUUUCAAUUACAAUCAGAUGUUUUAUCAUUAAUAAGUGGAUACAUAAAUGAAGAAGCUAGUUCUUAUAACCAAAUAACUACAACAGUGAUUGAAAAAUUAGUCAUUAUAUUUCACGAAUUAACAUUAUCAAGUCUAUUAUCAUCCUUAACUUGUGCACAAUACUAUCAAAGUUCUUACAAAAAUGAUAUUUAUACAAUAAUCCAAAAACUUCUUCAUAUAACUUACACUUUAGUUCCAACUUCAAAACUUUGGAUUUGUUUAAUAAAUAUAGCUAAUGACAUUUGUUAUGAUGACUUAAGACAUAUAAAAUUAUUUAUUGAAUUAUUUCAAGAUCAAAUUGAUCGAGAUAAUUCAAUAUUAUCAAAUGAAUUAGUAAGAGGUGGAUUACAAUAUUUUAUUGAGACUUUUAAACCGAAUCAUCAAUGGUUUGAGGAUUAUAAACAAGAUGAAACAAAUCAAGAAUUGAAUGCUGGUAAUUUUAAAUUCUUGUAUAGUAAAAGUAUUGAAUAA